AUGUUAUUAUUUAGAUCGGAUCAUAAUCCUAUUAUUGUAUUAAGCAUUUUACUGUUGCAUGUAUUAUUGUUGUAUGUGGUAGUCUUUACUGAGGGCCAACACGUAAAACACGAAGAAUAUACAUGUCCUUAUCUAUGGAUGCAAUGGAAACAGAAACGUACGCUUGGUUGGAUAUGCGGUUCUGUACCAUUUCUACAAACAAAUGUUCCCGGCAUAAAAUUUGAAUACGACUGUUGUCCUGGCUAUGAAAAAACAAAACUAUUAGAUAACAAAUGUGCUUUUGUCGAUCGAUCAUGGCAAACCAUUAUAAGUCAACUUAGAGAAAGCAAGUAUUUACAAACAGCUCAAGCGUUAACCAAAGACAACAAACUACAAGAUUUAUCUGCCAGCCCAGCUAACGGUGUUUAUACAGUAUUUGUUCCACAAAAUGAUGAUGAUAUCAUCUCGAAAGAAAUGGAUUAUGUCAGCAAUACAGAGGCUGUCGCAGGAAUAGUUUCUUCUGGAAGAUGGUACUCGAAGGGUUUUCGUAAUGGACAAAAGAUACCAACAGUGAAAGGUACUUUUAUAAAAGUGACAACAUAUUCUACCGGAUUAACCUUUCUGGAUUGUAAAGUGUUACUGAGUCCAGAUCAUGAAGCAUCAAAUGGUCUAGUUCAUCAAAUCGAUGGAGCUUUACCACCCACUUAUAAACACCCAACAGUUUUAAAGCGUUUAAACGCGGAACCUGAUUUAUCAGCAUUUGUUCAAAGUCUGCCCAGUGAUUUGAAAAGGAAACUAGAUGAACCAGAUUCAGAUGAAUGGUACACAGUGUUUGCAGUACCAAAUAAUGUUUGGAAUCAAAUGACAUCGGGGAUUAGUUCAUCGGAAGCUAAAGAGACUUUAACCCGUCAACAUGUUAUGGAGAAAAUGCUUUGCUCUGAUGCUAUUGUUCAGAAUACUAAACGUAUUGGUCCAACAUUCGCAGACACACAUUUUAGUAUUCAACGUAAAUCUGAUGGGAAUUUAGUUAUCAAUGAUGUAUGCAAUAAACAGAUAGCUAUUCAACGUAAAGAUGUUAUGUCGGGAACUGGUGUAAUACAUGUGAUUGAAAGUCCAAUAAGCAGUUUAGAAUCAAUGAAUUUAAAUGAAGCGCUUGAAUGUUUGAAAAAUAAUCCAUCAAUGAGAGUGAGACAGUCAGCAGGUGAAAUACAAAAGUGUAAUCUAUUAGAUCUUGCCUCAGGACGUGAUAAUGUUAUCCUUCUGCCAAAUGAUGGAGCUUUCCAGUCUCAACUUUACAAAGAUAAUUCGAAACAGAUAAAAGUGGAUAAAUGCAAAAUGUAUGCUCAUCAUUUAUUGAAGCCUAAAGAUCCACGGAAUGUAGAUGUUCGCAAGACAGGUUUAAAUCAAGAACAAGAAUUCUCAUCACAAUACACGGGAUCAGAUGGCUCUAAACAUUCUGUCUUUAGUAGAUAUAUCAGAACGAGACAAGGAACAACGUUAGCUUUCAAUCAUGCUGAAGUGACAGAUCUUCGGGGAAUGAAAUUUAACAAUGGUAUUAUAUAUACAGUGAAACAAGUUAAUUUACCUCCACAAGGUGAUAUUCUCAGGAUAGUUAAACAAAAGCCGGAAGCUCAGAAAAUUUCUGCAAAACUUAGUGCAACAAAUUUCGGAGAUGAAUUGCGUCAACAUGCACCAAAUGUUCUAUUUCUUGCACCAAUUGAUAUGGGUUGGAAGACAAGGGAUGUUGAAAAUAGUUAUACAGAAGAACAAACUCGAAAGCUUUUACAACUACAUACCAUACCACAUGAAUUUUUUGGUGGGAAUGAUGGUUUUAUUGAACGUGGAAGUGUUCUUGAAGUUGAAUCAUUACUAUCCUCUGAUACGGCAGGAAAUAAAGUGAAAUUAUUGAUUAAACGUACUCCAGAUGGGAAUACAUUUAUCGGUCAUAAAGACUUACAAGAAAAUUUAUGGUCUAUGGUGCUGGAUUGGAAUCGAGUUGGAGAAGACGGUGUAGUCUGGUUCAUAGAUUGGCCAAUGAGAUGCCCAGAACGAUUGUGUUAA